AUGUUCGGAUGUAUUGCGCCGCCGAAACAAAAUCGAAAUUUGAUGCGAAGUAGUUCGCAGGAUUCGCGCGAUUUUCAUGGAGAUCCACGUUUUGAUCGACUUUUUCAGCGACCAUCUUCUGUUCUUUCGAAACCAAGAAAUGGUUAGUUUUUUUUUGGGAACGACGGGUUGAACCUUUAGAAUUUAUUAUUUCACAAGAUAAAUUCAAAAAUAUGAUCCAAUGUAAACACAUCUACCAGUUUCAAUAUCACAUUCUCCUCGUGGACAUUGAGCAUUGGAAUAACACCCAAAAACCAUAGAAAUUGACAAAAUCAGCAAUAUUAUAGAAAUAUUCAUGUCCUUCUUUUUGUUGUUGGAAUUUGAUCACAAUUUAUUUAUAUAUCAUUUUUCAGUUUGAUAACUGAUUCGAUUACAACACAAAAUGAAAUGUGAUUUUUUAACCAAACUCACCAAAAACUUUUUUGAAAAUUAUUGGUAGUUUUUGGUGCCACUUUUUGAUCAUUUUUUUUGGUGCAAACUGAUUUUUGUGAAAAAACCAGUUUCUCAAUUUUUGGAAGUUUAAAAUCACAUUCCUAUUUGUGCUGUAAUCAAAUCAUUCAUUGAAUUAUUUAUUCAAAUAAAAACCAAAAAGUUCAACCAAAUUACAAUUCCACAGAAAAGAAAAUGAACAUUUCUAUCAUUUUCCUAAUUUUGUCAAUCUCUUCUGUUUUUGGACGAUGCACUACCACUGCUGAUUGUGCACGCGGACAAUGUCUUAAGGGCACAUGUGUUUAUAUUGGUUAAUGAUUUUUUUGAGAUAAUAAAUUUUGAAGUAAUUGAGAUUUUUUAAUUUGAAUACCUGGAAUCAUACUAUUUUCCAAAAAAAAAAUCUUUGACAAAUCUGAAGAAACUUCUAGAAAUCUUGAAUAAUAAAAAAAAUUUGCCACUAAAAACUGAUCUAAAUUUUGCACCAAAUAUACAAAAAAAUGGUUUAUUUUCAGUGCGAAAUUUUAUUUUAAUUAUGGGCCGAAACCUACAGUAAUUCUAGAUAGUUUUAAGGUACCAAACAUUUAUCCGAAACUGGCAUCAAAAUCUACAGUAAUCACAGUCAAUUUUUUCUUCGGAAAGUCAUUAAAAUUUUGUAUAAUUUCAGAAAAUCUCAUUUUCUCAACACCUCCAAUUCCUCCACAAUCAAAAAGUCCAAAAGUGAAACGACUCGACAAAUGGAUUGGAAAUCUGUUAAAUGAAGGUGAGAGACAGAAAUCGCUUUGUUGGAAAAUUCCGCCACGUGGCACUCAAUUCCCCACGCGUCAAGAAUUUCUCAAAUUUAUCGUAUGGAAACCUUGAAAGUUUUCCCGCUUCUCCAGAACCCUGAAUUCUCAUUUUUGUCCCUGUGUAUCCUAGUGAUAAACAGCAGAAAAUAUCUAUAUGAAAUAUGAUUCAUUUUUUAUCGAUUAUGAUUUAUUUUUUGCCUCCUUCUUCCCUUUUUUCCCGCAUUAUUAUAAGAAUAAAAUCUCCCGAGCAAGAAAGAACAAUUAUCUCUUUUUGCUGUGUUCUUCUAACUAACAAACGGACACACAAAAAAGUGUAAUAAAUGUGUACUUCAGCUUCUUCUUCUUAUGCUUCUUCAUCUUGUCCUUCUAAAUUUCUUGCUCCUCAAAAUUACACUACAUAAAUAUCUACGAGAUUCUCGAAAAAAAAAGUUCGUUGCAAUUUUUUGUAUCAUUUUUUUUCGCAUCGCAACAACUAUUUUUUUUUGGCAAACAUUACAGAUGUUUGCAUAUUUUUUUUUGGAAAUUGUCCAAUUUUUUUGGUUGACAGAUGUGAGAAUUUAGUGUUUAUAUGUGAUUUUAGGGAAAAACAUAAAUUUUCUAUUCAAAAAAUCUGAUGAAAUCUCAGAAAAUUACGACUCACAUAAUUCGGAGCUCUUCAAUAUUUUUUUGGAAAUUUUUCUUCCCUUUUCUGAAAAUCUGAAUUUCCACCCUAUUCUCUGGCUCUACCCAACUUCUCCUCCCUAAUCAACACAACCUAACCUUCCCAAUUUUUCCAGCGCAUGCCUCUUUUCAGUUGGCGACCUCGCCUUCUUCUCGGCGGCCGUAAAACGCCCGAACCAACGCAAGCCGUACAAAUUACAAUCGCUCCGGAACCCCCAAUUCUACCUGAACGUCAACCUUCGCCACCUAAAUCAGCACGAGUUCGAUUCGAUGAUUCGCCCACAGCAUAUCAAACACAUCCGACAGAACCAUCGCCACCCGAAUUUUCGAAUUCGUAUGGUGGAGAAGCGAGAGUUUUGGGUGUGAUGAGACCGGCUGGAACUAUGCCAAGUAAUUGAUUUUCUUAUUUACUAACUUGAAAUUUUCCGGAUAAGGAUCCUAAAAAUAGAACAUCGAAAAAAUUGAAUUUUCUCCGCUUGUCAAAAAAACUAUCGAUUUCUAGGCACUAGUCAUCGACCACCUCAAAUCAACAACAAUCAUCAUGGCUAUGCUGAAGAUGUUCGAAUCAAUAUCGCUCCCUUGGCAAGCACUGAUAUCGACGCAGACAUGAGACCACCGCAAAGAUUUGUAGCAGCUCCACCAUCUCGUGCAACUUCAGUCCUCCAAAGUUUACGCGAACAAAAAGAGACGCUUGAAUACGACGAGCGACGAAGACAAGCAUCAACUCUGCCAACAAGUUUUGAUCGAGCUGAUUCUUUUACAACUGAUGAUACUUAUUCGACAAGACAUUUAGAUGAUAUGAAUGUUGUUUUUCUUCAAGCAAAUGAUGAGGUUAAACGGACUAUUCUUCCGCCGGCUAUUCAUUCAAUGCAUCAAGUUAAAAUGGCGUUUGUGAGAACUUUUCCGAAUGUGACACGAUCUUUUGUCGAACAACCGCAUGUCAAGAUUUAUAUUCAGGAGCCGACUAAAGGUGCACUAUUCUACGAGUUAGAAGAUCCAGGGUAAGACAACAACUAGAAAGCACACUUUUUUUUUACCAAUUUUCAUUUUUCAGAGACAUCAAGAAUAAAUCAGUUCUCCGAUUGCGCGAAAAAUCGCGAAUCAUGUCGCCAAUCGGUUUCCAACCCUACGACCGCGAACCUGAUUAUCAUUCCGAAACUGAACAAGACGAUGGUCGUCGAUUCGUUUCAUUAGCUCGACCAGCUUCAGCAAUGGCUGCACCAGUUCAUCAUUUAGAUUUUGGAACACUUCCCAAGAAGAUGGCACCACCACAAAUGUAUACAGAUGCGUAUGGUGAUCCAUAUAAUUCAGACACUUCUAGUCAUGAUAGUCGAAGUGUGACAAGAAGUGGAUCAGCGACACCAAUUAUUGAUCGAGAAUCAAGAGUUCGUAUGGAGACAAUGGAAAGACAAUUGGCGGGUUUGAGCACACUUGUGCAUACUGCAUUGGUUAGCAAAGGAAUGAGUCAAAGUACACAAAGAGAUAUGGCUGAACUAAGGAAAGAGGUAGGAGCAAUUGCUUGAUAGGAAUAUAUCUCAACACUAAGGCCUUCGGGCUUCCGGUCUCUUUCCGGUCACCUCAUCUAAUCUAACAACUCAUUUUCUUCCUCUAGAUUCUAUCCAUGCACCCUGAUUCUUCUUCCCGAUCUGCACGUGAUUCUUCCGAAGAACCCACUUCAUCAUCUAUCAAUUCUGACGCAUUAUCCGCACACACUGCACACCGUCUCCUUGAUUUCCGUAACCAAUUACAAGCCACUAAUUAUGAAUUGAAACAGAUCAAAAAAGCGGCGCAGGUUCGCUAGAGUGACUUAGGUUCUCGAGAUACAAAUUUUACGUUUAGGUAAAUGCGCAAACGGCGAAUACGUUGAUUCGAGAGGCGGGUGAGAAGAUCGAGAAAAUUGUGACAGAUCGAGUUCGAAGUGGACAGAAAGUGAUGUAUGUGGCACCAGUGAAAGCUGAGAGUAAUUCAGAGGAUGGAGGACAAUUAGAGACGCAGAGAAAUGAACAUGCGAGUCGAUUGGCGGAAUUGUUGAAUGAUUUAACGUAAGUUAGAAGGAGCAUUGGAAUAAAAAGAUAUUUAUCAAGCCUAAGCUUGAAGGAAUCUAGAAAUUCUGCAAAAAAUCUUCAUUUUCAGAAAUUUCGAAACGAAUGUGGAAAAUGUUCGUGGAAGUGUUCUAUCGAAUCAGAAAAAAUUGAGAAUGUCUGAAGUCGAAGAUCUUACUGGAAAAUUAACUGAUAUCGGAAGACUUGCUGCAAAUCUCAAAACAGAUUUUCCACCUAUCCAAUCAGCGAUCGAAACUCGAAUCAAACGAGAUAUGGAACGAGUUGUUCGCGAGGAGAAAUUUAUUCGCGAUCAAACAUCAGCCGUAGAUCAAAGUCUUCGGCGAUGCAAAGCGUUGGCAAAUAUAAUGGUUACUAUGAAAAAAUUAGCGAUGGUGCAAGAUCCAACAAUUCAGCGAACGAAAAAGAAGACAAGCGUCGAAUCGCCACGUCUUCCACCAAAACCAAAUCAAGCGAUACAAAUGCCGCCACCAAUGGUUCAACAUAUUCCACCUCCACCUCCUCCUCCACCAAUGGAAAUUGCGGCUGCUUAUAUGCCAAAUGUGCAAACUCCUAAAUCACCGAUUUUGGAGUUGGAUGGAAUAUUGGAAGAAGUUUCAUCACAACAACCGCCACGUCCACCAAGUCGAUAUUCAGUUCAAGAUGUUCGUCAGAAGUUUUCGCAUCCACCAGAACUUCCAGAUCAAAUUAAAACUUUGAUUGAAGAUGUUGCUCGAAGAGCAUCACCUGCUCCAGAUACUAAUUUAGAAACUAAACGGUAUAAAUAAGUUUUACCCAAUCUAAUCCUAUUCAUCUCAAUUUUUCAGACAAGAUUUGGAAGAGCGUCAAGAGCGUUUGGCUGAAAAACAAAGACAACUUCGUUCGCAAUUUCAGCAACUUCAACAACUUGCACCCCAAUAG